AUGGAAGUUGAUUCAAAUUGUCUCUUUGUUGAUGUCGGUAAUUGUGAUGGAUCUGAAAUACCUUGUCACGAUUUUCUCAAACCACAUGUUGAUACCGAUAAUCAUUCAUCGUUACUCGACUCUUAUUGUUUCAAUGUUGCACGUCGACAUGUCAACGUUGAUGAUAAAGGUGUUGUUGUCGAUGACACAAUAACUCCAACAAUUCGUUAUGAUGAUUACCAAUUGGAACAUUUUAUUGAGCUCCUAGUUUCUCCUCAUAUUUGUACGGAUAUGCCUUUCGGUGACACAAAACUUUAUCUUUCAAUUGAUGAGAUUCUUCUUAUUCCACUCAUCAUCCUUAAUCUGGCACCACAACGCAUUAUCAUCCAAUAUUAUAAAUUACUGUGA